CGGCGCUUCCUUAGGACUCCUAUUUAGGGAAUAGGGAGCAGUUUGGAAAACAACCGUAGGAACUUCUUACACGCACGCAGAGGAGAGGGAACAGAGUGAGUGGAGUAGAGUGGAAAUAAUUGUGUCAGUGUUUGUGUGGAAUACACCGCCACAUUAUUCUUUUACAGAGAAGUCUGAAACAGCGACAAUCACUUCGGGUCACAUUAGCAAUUCGACGGCACCUGGAUAAACUGGACGGAAAAACAAGAUGAAUCCGAAACGAACCGGCUAACGUCAUUAUUCAUCCGAUAGGUGUUCCUUUUGAACGUUUUAAGUUAGGUUAAGUUAGUAACUAGCCCGACAGUUUCCUCGCACCUUCAGCAGAGUUACCUGAGGUUAGGGGGAGACUUCUUUGAUUGAAUGCGUAUUGCGGACAGCUCGGUUAGCCUCUAACGCGGUUGUGGACUUUUCAUGACCAAACAAACGCGAUGAAUUUACAGUGGUUUACAUUUGCUCAAGCUAGCAGCUGAAGCUAGUUAGCCGGCUAGCAAGCCAGUGCUAACUGUGCUAUACGAGAUAUAUACGCACUUUCCUACAUUAUUCUGCUCCUUUAUUAUAUCAUAUACAGUUCCCGUGGCAGCCGACUAACAUUACCUGCAGUAUCUUUUAUAAUUCGUUUUAAUUUACAAAAUCUUUCUUCACACGAAGACAACUACGUUUUGGUGAGGGGUUUUUUUUUUCGCUCGUGGAAAAAUGGAUGCGGUAAUGGAGAAGGAGUGCAGCGCUUUGGGAGGGCUCUUCCAAUCCAUCAUGAACGACAUGAAGGCAAGUUACCCCGCCUGGGAGGACUUUGUUACGAAAGGGGCCAAGUUACAGUCUCAACUAAGGACAACUAUCAUUGUUAUUGGCUCAUUUCUGGAUGCUUUCCAGAAGGUUGCUGAUAUUGCAACUGGAACACGUGGGGCAACAAAAGAAAUCGGCUCAGCAUUGACCAGAAUGUGCAUGAGACAUAGAAGCAUUGAGAAUAAACUCAAACUCUUCACUACUGCUUUCAUGGAUAACCUGAUCAGUCCACUGGAGCUGACGUUGGAGGAGUGGAAAAAAGUGGCCAGUCAGCUUGAUAAAGAUCAUGCUAAAGAGUAUAAGAAGGCAAGAGCAGACAUCAGGAAGAAAUCAUCCGAUACAAUCAAACUGCAGAAGAAAGUAAAAAAAGGUAAGGACGAGGUGCGGAUGCAGUUGGACAGUGCGUUGCAGGAUGUUAACACUCGCUAUACUGAAUUAGAAGAGACGGAGAAGAGAGCCGUAUGCCGAGCGCUCGUUGAGGAAAGAGGACGCUUCUGCUCUUUUGUUACAAUGCUGAAACCUGUUCUUGAUGAAGAGAUUAGUGUGCUUGGAGAAGUAACACAUUUACAGUCAAUUCUUGAAGACCUUUGUAACCUGACAGUUGAUCCCAGUGCUUUACCACCUGCUAGUGAACAGGUUAUUCUUGACCUAAAAGGUUCUGAAUACACCUACGCAUUCCAGACUCCACCUGCAUCUCCUAGCAACACACUGUCACGCAAAAGCAGCAUUAGCAGUAACUAUGCCUCAGUGCGUCAUGUGCCCUCACUGGACUCUAUCUCUAGUGUUAUGGAUGGCCUUCAUUUGCAAGUGCAAGAAGUGCGACAGGAGCAGAGUCGCAAUGUUCCUGGCACAGAGAAUGGCACUUCUAUGCCUCCUCCACACCAGGUUUACAGUGGUUAUGGGGAGCGAGCUAGAGCCCAGUCCACAUCAGGAAAGCCAAAGACAGCCAGAGAGCAACUAGCGCUGACCUUAGCGGGUACACUCAACUCGGAAACUCCUCACACUAGUCGUGACUCUCUGCACUGCUCCAGUGGAUACAGUACUCAGACAACAACCCCAUCCUGUUCUGAAGAUACCAUACCCUCACAACAUGCAGUAAAGAAAGAACCUCCUCUCUAUGACUAUGAUUAUAUCUCCCUCCAUGGAGGUGACGACACCCCCAGCCCAUCUGAUUUUGACAAGUCCUGUACGAUUCCACGAAAUAGUGAGCUGAGCCUGAACUACCGCAAACUGUUCCAGAGCAAGAGACCUGCAUCCACCGUGAGCCUGCUGUCUGAGCCUGAGUCACUACUGCUACAUCAACCACACACAGCCACCAUCCGCCGUAAGCCAUCCAGCAAAGCCAACCUUCGCCGUGGCACCAUCAGUGGAGGAGUGCCCAUCCCCAUUUCCACACCACAGGUGCCACUGAAGCCAGCUAAAUCCCAAGCAGGUUUGGCUCCAGGCCGUAGUGGGAGUGAAGAGGCAGUGUUCACACAAGUGCACCCUCAAGCUGCUCAACACCCCAGUUCAGAUUUGGCACACGCUAAACACACACACUGCACCUCCACCCAAAAUACAAGUACAGUGCCAACCCCAUACUAUGCGAUGUUCCCUGGGCAGCCACCAGUAGGUAUCACGGAGCAGAUCAACCAAAUUAGCAAGCAACAGCAAAGGCAGUUCCAACACCCCAACGACAAUCAACAGUACAACCAAAAACAACGGCAAUAUCACCAAGAGUACAACAAACAGGAGCAACCAGUACAAUAUCAACACCACUACAAUCAAGCACCACAGCAGCCACAGUAUCAACAGUACAUCCAAGCACAACACCAGCACACACAUCAACAUCACUACAAGCAACAGUAUCAGCAACAGGCACAGCACAUACCAGCUCAGCAUCCACAGUUUCCCAAACAGCAGCAUCUAAUCCAACAACAUGAUCAACAACAACAAAAUCAACAGAAGUGCCAGCUACCUCAACAGAAUGCUACACUACAGCGCUGGUCAUCUGCUCCAGCUCCAGACACUGCAAAUCAUUCAGAUGACAUGAAUGAUUCCAGUCAGAUGUCAAGUGGUGGCAGUGAUAUGCUAAGCAUGAUCCGCAGAGGUGUGAAACUCCGACGCACAAUCACCAACGAUCGCUCAGCGCCUCUCAUCACUACCAACUAUCUCAACUGAAGAUUACUCUACAUGCUUUAGGCAUUUGUACCUUUAUUUUUUUAAUAUUAUUAUUUGAAAUUUUUCUUUUUCCUCCCCAAUUUUGUAAGCUUCCCAUCAGGGGUAGACAGUCUGCCUUUCCCCCCUCCCAAAAAAAACGAUUUUAUUCGGC